AUGGAUCUUCAAGAUUGGUCUCGAAUCGAAGGCUUGGAUCGCGAGUAUUACCAGGACAUUCCGGACUACGCUUAUACGAAUGUGCAACCACCCGACGCUGGAUCACUAUGGCAGCAGCUUGAAAAGAUAUAUUUAAAUGCAAGAGACUGUGAUACAUACGGUAAAGACGAAAAUGCUUGGUGCUUAGAUGUUGUUCAGCCUUUACUGAACUCUGUCCUUGAGGGAACCAUGCUGCGGCAGUCGCAACAAAUUGAGAAAGACCUCCUUCCGACGGCUGCGAAUAGUCUUUCCAAGUUAAACAAAAAGGCGGACUACUCAUUCGAGUUCUCCGGCGGCCCUGAUGCCUUUGAUCUGUACCAGAAAGUCAGCUUUGGAGGCUUGGGGAUGAACAUCAGCCAAACCACCGAUGCAUACACUAAGCUAGUUGCUUUAUUUUCUGGACUCGAGGUGAAACCCGAUGAUGGAGGAAAGAAGGAAGCGUUGGCUCAACUUACGAUCUGGCUUACUGCAGGUAUUCGGAGAACGGCUCAACUCUACCAAAUCGCGGAAGAAGGUUCUGCCGAAGGCCAUGUUCCGCCCACUCUUGGCUUUACAGUUAUUGGCCACGAUUGGCAUAUCUAUAUGGCUUAUGAUCUGGGAAAAGAAAUGCAUGUGAUUGGACCCAUAAGCACAAUUUACGCCGAUACACGUAGCAUCUAUGGUAUUUUCAAAAUACGUGAUCUCCUUCGUCGGGCCAUACAGUAUGCGGAGGAGGAUUAUUGGCCAUGGCUAUGCGAUUAA